AUGAAUAGAGAUAAUAAUAGUAAUAAUGAUGGUAAAGAUAAAGAUAGUGUAGAUAGAUUUAAAGAUAUAAUCGAGAAAAAGAUUAGACAAUGUAUAAAUAAUAAUAAUAACAAAAAAGAAUGUAUAGAUAUAUUAACAAAAGAGAUUAUUGAUAUGAGCGAUUCAAUGUUUGAUUGUGUUCAAAUCAAAGAUCAAGAGAUACUAUCAUGUUUGGAAUUAAUCAGUAUCAUUGACACCAAGUUUGGUGGUAGUAGUCAUAGUAAUAACUCUGAUGACGAUGCUAGAAGUUCUUAUCAAAUAAUAGUAUUACAAUGGUCAUUGGUAGUAGCUGUAUUGAAUCAAUAUAAAGUGAUUAAAAAUGAUGAUCUUCAAAACAAAGUGACCGAUAGAAUAACAGCAAUGUAUGAUCAGUUGAUCAAGUAUCUAUCAUUUAGAGAAACUUAUCUAUUUGGUGUCAUCUUGGAAGAAUCAAAAUUAUCAAAUCAUCAAAUCAUAAAUGAUCAUUUAAUGAUUCAUUUAAAUCAAAGGGCAAAACUAUUACCAAAGAUGGUUGAAGAUUUAAAAGAUGAAAAGAAACAAUUCUUUGCAGCCAUGGCAAUUAGAUCGUUGGUCUAUACAAGUGAUGAUUGGGAAUGUCAAGAUAUAUUUAAAGAAAGUAUUCUAAAACAAUUAAUGAAAAUUAUAAAUGAUAAAUUUAAAUUUAUUCGUAAUGAAAAAGAAAAAGAUAAAGAAAAAGAAAAUAUUAUCAUCUUGUAUCUGUAUAAUGAAUCAGUUAGAUUAGUAACCAAUUUAACAUUAAUUAGUCAAGGAAUGGAAUUGAUUGGAAAUAAUGAUUCACUUUUAAAAUUUAUUUGUGAUUUGCUAAAACAAGGAAAUCCAAAUUACAAGGUGAUGAUGUCAUGUUCAUUGUAUACAUUGGCAAAUAUAAUUAUUACAAAGGAAGAGUGGAGAGAUCGAUUAAUAGACCGUUACGGACUGUUGACUAUUAUUAUGGAUUUGACCAAGAAUCCAUCGGUCUAUGCACAGUCGUCCGAGGAACUGUCCAAUGUGAUUGCGUCGUUGCCUUGUAUUGCUCCAUUACCGUGGGCGACAAUGGAAAUGAUUAUUCCAUUUGUCAAACAAUACUAUAUGCAUGAUGCAAUCCACGGUCGAAACGUUGCACAGUUUCUCGAUGCAUUCACGAUGCACCCGGAAUUUGUAGUGUCUGUGAUUAAACGCUAUGGGCUAGACCAGUAUAUAUUGGAUAGUCUCGAUCGAGACAUUGACCUCUACAACUCGGAUUGGUUCUUUAUGCUUGAUUAUACGUUGCGUACAUUAAAUGCCAUCAUGAACAAGGAUGCUGACAGUCCUUCCCUCACCCGAAUCUUCACAUACGAGCAACUACAUCUCCGUCUGCUACGAUUACUCCAAAUUCAAGAAAACUAUCGUAUCACUGACCAUGUCAUCAUUAUCAUGUCUAAUCUAAUCAGACUUACUCCAGUCCCCUACCUCAUCAAAAGUCGACUCGUUCAAGAGAUGACUAGUCUGGUCUAUCGAUUCAACCUAGACCUAAACGGCAUAAAGGUAUCAGAUUACCACGGUCAAUCGGGAAUGGCACUGAUUGAAAGAAAGGUACAGAUUGACGAUGUCUUGGCGAGAAGUAUACUCCCUCUCUUUUACGAUAUUAUCGAUCGUGCCUCUGACGAGGAACAAGAAUUCCAUCAACUCAUCCAACAGGGCAUGUUACUAAUGUUUCAUCGAAUCUAUCCGUGUCUUAAUACAACCCAUGUCAUUGCAACGUAUAUCGAUUGCUUUGACUUGCUUUUUAAUCGUAUGAACCAACCAGCCAACCAAAUCUUGUUACAAGCUCAUCUUUUUCAACUUGGUUUUGAUUCUUUUGAAAGAAAACCAUCCGAUGAAAAUAAUGAUAUUCAAGUUAUCAAGGAUUUCCUCGUUUUCUUUACUCCAGAUGAUUAUUUAAAUUCUCAUUGUUUAUUUCAAGAAUCUUUAUUUUAA